ACGCCCCCCUCGGCCCUGAUCAGGAAGUGAAUCUGUGGGAAAUAGAAAAACGGUCCCUAGAAUGACAUAGAAGCGGGUGAGGUGGGGUAGACCGAGACACCGGGACUAACGCAGGACUCGACACCUAUUUGGAUUCAUCCAGGUGCAAAACGACGGUAUCUUUGAAAGGCACAAAGCACCGGAGAAAAUGCUCAUUAAAGAAUUACACAGUUCGAGCAGGCUUUUCAGAGAGAAAAGAUGAUGCAGUGGCGACUACAUUGGAUCCGACAGUAAUGUCGCAACACACAAGUUCGAGUGAUCCUACCGAUUUCUGUGGAGGAGUAUCAGGUCGGGCAGCUGUACUCCGUAGCGGAGGCCAGUAAGAAUGAGACGGGUGGAGGAGAGGGCGUGGAGGUGUUGAAGAACGAACCCUAUGAGAAAGAUGGAGAGAAGGGGCAGUACACACACAAAAUCUACCACCUGCAGAGUAAAGUCCCAUCAUUUGUACGAAUGCUUGCACCAGCGUCAGCACUGAACAUUCAUGAGAAAGCUUGGAACGCCUACCCAUACUGCCGCACAGGUAACACACACACACACACACACACACACCUACACACACAUGCGCACACACGCACACGCACGCACGCACGCACGCACACACACACACACACACAAGCUAAAUUUCUUUUUAUGUGCUCUUUGUUCCUCUUCAUUUCUUCUUCUUAUUAUGUCUUCCUAUCUGUUUCUCGGCCACUGAAUAAUUCACUGUUUGAGCUGAGAAGGAGUGGGGUUACAGCACAGGAAACUGAGAUUAUACUGACACAUUCCCUUCACAUCAUUCUCACAGUCACAUACAUGGCAGACUCCCCAUUUGCUGAAGUCUGUACAUCAAGAUAUUUGUGAAUCUUGCUGCGGUGCUUGAAACAGUCUAAAGUCUUGCUUUUUAAUAAACUGUAAAAAAGGUUGAUAUGGCAAGUAUUGAGUAGUAAUGCAUUUUUGAAUAAUUUAAUAGUAUUUAAAAUAUUGAAUAACAAAAUUAUUUGUCUGAUAUCAUUAUUGGCCAGUUGUCCUCUAAAUCUGUAAGUUGUUAGAAAAACAUAUGUUCCAGCCAUCUGUCCAUGUCAAGGUGUCUACAGAUACAGUAACACUGUAGUACGUCAGAGGUAUUCAAUUAAGCUCCAGCUUCUACAUUUCCUUCACAGGAAAGGUCCAAACAUCUGUUUCAGGGAUCAAUAUUAAAUUUCAGAAAUAUUCCUUGCAAAAGUUGGCAACCUUAAUACCUUGUAAAAUUAGGAAAUAAAUCUUAAAGUUGCAGUGAAAUGGUAGGAGUGAGGGAUCUUUUAUUCCAUGUUUUAACGUACAUCUGAGUGUAAUGGAUUAUCGGAAAAGAAAAAAAAAAUCUAUCGAUUGCUGAUUGGAUUUUGAGUUGAGGAUAUCAAGUUCAAAUUCAAGAUCAAGACAUUUUGAUUAAAAAUUACAAUGUCAAAAUUUAAAAAUGAAGCAUGCAUGGAUGAAACAUUUACAAUAAGAUCUAAAACAUGCAUUUAUAGGGGCGAUUUUAAUUCAAUGCUGACUUUUAGUAUUUAGAAUUUUCUAUUCAAGCCUGCUUUCAAAUAUAAAAUCACAAGUAAAAAAAAAAAAAAAAACUAAACUGACAUUUUCAUCAAAAACUGAUUAGGGUAAAACAACAUUUUUUUUUUUUUCCCCAUUUAAGUGUUAACAAUUUCUAGCCAAGUUUAAUUAAAUAGAGAUCAUUAUUAAGUUGAUUGUUGUGUCACAACUGUGACUGUGAAACCAACAAAGUGAGUAUGAGAAUUUAUGAGAAACUAUUCACAGUCCGAAUGGGACCAAUCUUGAGUUUGGAUAUGGAUAUUAUUUUCAGCAUCUUUGCUUCCAGUUUGAAUUCAUAUGGACUAAGAUGAGAUUAAAUAAAACUAGGAAUGGUCUUAAAUGAGAUGUGUUGUUUUCUUGAACAGAAAUGGUCUAAUUUAUAUCAUCUUUCUUUUCUAAUGUCUGUCCUGCAUCACUUCAGUAAUCACUAAUGAGUAUAUGAAAGAAAACUUCCUCAUCAAGAUCGAGACGUGGCACAAACCUGACAUGGGACAGCAGGAUAAUGUUCACGGUUUAGAUCCAGACACCUGGAAGAAGGUGGAUGUGGUGUACAUAGACAUCGCAGACCGGAGUCAGGUGGAGCCAAAGGACUAUAAACCAGAGGAAGACCCCACUAAGUUUAAGUCUGUAAAAACAGGAAGAGGGCCGCUCGGUCCGGAUUGGAAGAAAGAACUACCUAAAAAGACAGACUGCCCACACAUGUGUGCCUACAAACUGGUUACUGUCAAGUUCAAGUGGUGGGGCCUGCAAAACAAAGUGGAAAACUUCAUUCAAAAGCAAGAGAAGCGUUUGUUCACUAAUUUCCACCGGCAGCUGUUCUGUUGGAUUGAUAAAUGGAUCGAGCUGAACAUGGAUGACAUCCGCAGAAUGGAGGAAGAGACCAGGAGGGAACUGGAUGAGAUGAGAGUGAAGGAUCCAGUGAAAGGCAUGGUGGCUCUUGAAGACUGAGGCUGCUCUGUGUUUCUGGAUGCUGCUGUUCAUAAAGAUUAGACCUGAACUACUGGAGACCAGCAGCAUCACUCCCCUCAUUCAAAUCAAAGCAACUUGUCUUUUCAGUCGUAAUCAGUCCUUCAUCCAGCCCUAUUCGUGGCUGUUUGUCCUGAGCAUCCUCCUUUCAGUCUGACAAUGGAGCACAUUGAUAAAAUAAGCUAUUAUACUGGUUCAAAAGUCAUGCCCACUUUAUGAAGUCUACCUACUUUAUACUUGCUUUUUACAGGGACGAUCAUCAGUUCGUCAUUUAUGAUGUCAGAUCAUUAUCUUUAAAUCUGGAGCUCGACAGAAUUGUAUUUUAAGAUGAGUUUAAUGUUAAGCAUAUUAAAUUUGUAUACAGUAUAUAUAUAUAUAUAUAUAUAUAUAUAUAUAUAUAUAUAUAUAUAUAUAUAUACAUAUAUAUAUAUAUAUCUAGUGGCAGUGGAGUUAUUGUGACAGGUGUACAAACAGGGUUUUUAAGUGAUUGUUCUCCUAUUUUUUUUUUUUUUUUUUGCGGACCAAGACGUUUUUUUCUGUUUUGUUUUAAUCAAGUAGUGAUUUGUUUUGUUUUUUGCUCUGUUUUAAUUUAAUUCUUCCCACUUUUAAAUCUAUUUACCAGUUGAUCCAAGCUGUUAGUGUGUCUCUUUAUAGUGUAGUAGCCUACUGUAGUGUACAAUCAAAGUCCCUUCAUCCUGACCCUUAUUUGUAACAUGCAUUGUGGAUUCAUCUUGACUGGCAGCUGCUUGGUCACGUUAAAUCUUCAGACCGCAAGUACAGUUCAUAUUUUAACACAAAACAGAUGGUUAUUUAUAAUCAGCUCAGCAUUGCUACAUCAAACAGUAUCACACUCUUGAAAUAAGCUGAAGUUAAAAGUAUUGUCGUUUGUUUGUUAAUCAGUCAAUAUUAAUGGUUUUCAUUGUCCUCUCUUCUCUUCCAUAAUUGCCUUGUGUGUGAUAAUGUGCUAUUUUGCUCAAGUUUAUUUUUUAUUUAUUUUUUUUUAUUUAUUUUUUUAAAUUAAAGGACAGGUGCACAGUAGUCAUAGCUCGCCCUCUCUUGGCUGUUUUUGAUUGGUUUACAACAUCAGGUUCCGCCCUAUUCUUUAAGUGUCUCAACCGUAUUGAAAAGAACUUUGACAUCUUUCACAAAAGGUUUAUUUAUUGAAAUCUUUUUAUUAUUAUUAUAGAAAGGUUACUUUUCCUAUAACUAUUCUGUCACUACCAGAUGUGGUGCUCAAGGAGAAUAUUCAUAAAUGUAUUAUUUAUUUUCGUCUCACCUCCUUUAUUUUUCAUUGAAGGAUUGAUUAUCUUACUUCCCCUUUUAUAACUUAUCGUGAGGAUAAAGAUGCAUUUAUCCAGAUAUUAGCAAUAAUACCUCCUUUCACAAAACCUUCCAAUCAGCAUAACCUAAUGUGAGAUAGUGACUUUAGGAGUAUUUAGUCCACCCCCUCUAAGAAUGUUGCAUCAUUAGGACUUUAAUACAAAUAUACUCUAACUUCCAUUUGCUCCUAAAUUUUAUUGAUAUGGAAUCGGUUAAGGAAGAUGAUAUGGGUUGCGUAAGGAUUUUUAAAUCAGUCUUUUCUUAGUAAUGUGAUGUGUGUAUGGAUGUAUGUGCGUUUGAAGUUCUCAGUGUUUCUUGUUUUCGCGUGAGGGACAUCCAACAUGUAACUAAAAUGGAGGUUUACACCCUUGUGUUUCUUUCAGCCAACGCUCAGGACCCAUGAUGUGCAGUAAGAUCGUCACACCUAAAUUCACUCUGACAGAGUUAAAUUACUCCUAUAGAAUUAUAACAAAUUCUUAGGAAGUGAAUGCAGGUAAACAUCUUUACCGUCUUAAUAACACAACCACCGAUACACACAGAACUGUGUUGGUCCUGAGUCUAAUCAAAGUGAUAUAUGGAUGUAUGUAUUGAAUUGUAUAUAGUAUAUAAAUAAAUGUAGAUGAACACAUAAAUAUAUAUAAAUAUAAACUAUAUAAAUAUAGUUAUCUAUCCUGCCAGGCUAUCAGCACAGCCUUCCAUCAACCCAACCAGAGUAAUUAUAUCUAGCGGUUCAGUAAUGGCUGGGUGUUAUCUGUGGGUGAAGUUACUGCUGUGACUUUAUCUAAUCUAUCUUCUGAGAUACAUUUGAACAAAGUGUGCCGUUUUAUGGUGGUUUAGGGAAUUAAAAACUAUUUUUAACAGAACCUUCAGAUAACUCCGCCCAUCACUUUCGCUGGCUCCGCCCCUCGUUGCUCCACUUUGGCAGGAUGGUGUCUAAAUAUGUUUUCAUUCAUUGAUUGUUGUUGUAUUUUUGCUGUGAGCUGUAGAAAUCUCUCAAAAUCUUUCAAAUUCCUUUCAAAGCUUACACUGUGAAUGAAGCCACGUUUAUGACCUUUGUGCUUGAGAAAAGGCCCUUUUGGGGGGUUUUGGACUUGGUUGCCAUUCUUCUCUCAAGAGACUCGAUUGAAACUUGUUCAGUCCAAGUUGGUGUUUGAAUGACAGGUGGCUUAUAAAAGGGAACUAUCCACAUGAACUGAUCAUCAACAGUUUGUUACCAUUAUGUGAGGCAGAUUGUGGUAAACAGGACUUUCUCAUAGAUAUGUUGUUGUUAGAUUUCACAAUUUGUUGUCGAAAUUAAAACCCAAUGAUUCUAGAAAUAUAAAAAAUUAAUUGUUUUAUUAUGAAUUUGUUUUCUUUUACCUCACCCUGUCAUGUCAUCUUUUUUUUUUUUUAUUUCUUUUACUGUGAAUUUGUGCCUUUUGUCAUCUUAUCUUCCAAUAAAACUACAUUGGAGAUGUGAAAAAAAUAAAUAAACUUUUAAAAAGAA